AUUGGGAGGAGAUUCUCGCCUUCAAGUCUGGCGUAACGACUAUCAAUUCGCUAGGCAACUACUAGCUAGUAAUCACACGAGGAACGUCUCACGCACGUCUUUCUCUGGGUGUCAUGUCGUGGCCAGUUAUCGUUGUGACAGGUGCAAAUAGCGGCGUCGGUUUGGGAAUUUGCCAGCGUCUGCUUGUUCAGCUAAUAUCCAAAUCUCCAACAGACGCCCAACCUCAUUACAACUUUCACGUCCAAAAAACGACAACCAACGACGCCUCUUUCGAUGGGUUGACUCUAAUUCUUGCUUGUCGUAGCAGACAACGAGGAGAAGCUGCUCGCGACAAACUAUACCAGUUUGCCGACGAACAAGUUUGUCACCUUGAGAUACUUCCAGGCUACGACGGACAUGCCGAGACCUUUAGAAAACACCUAACCAUUGUGGUCCAUACCGUAGACUUGUCGCACAUCCAAACAGUGUUCCGAUUCGCUGACGAAAUUAUCAAAACAUACCCAUAUGUCUCGCAUCUCAUCUGUAAUGCAGGAGUUGCUUCUUUCGUCGGCAUUAAUUGGCGUUUAGCUAUCAAGCAAUACGCCACGAGCUGGGUUGAGGCCGUGACAUCUCCUACAUACUACACGCAAGAAGUUGGACAACUCAGUCAAGACAGGUUAGGGUGGGUGUGGCAGUGUAACGUCUUUGGACACUAUGUCCUGUUUCGAGCUCUGAAAUCUCACCUAGCAAAAUACCAAAUGUCUACUGGCGCCCGCGUGAUUUGGAUCCCAGUUUAUUACGAUCCUACAGACUGGCAGUUGAUCAAAUCUGCGCAUUCCUACGAGAGCUCAAAAUUCCAGAUGGACUUGAUCGCUCAUCAACUGGAUCAGGCGUCGCUCGAAGACUCUGACAAGUUACCCACGCGACACCUGAUAGUACUACCCUGCGCGCUUUUAGGUACUUUCUCAACAAUGUGCAUGUUCUUUUCUUUCUAUCUCGCUCGUUUUCUUGGAUCUCCAUAUCAUCUCAUAACCGGGUUCAAGGCAGCUAUCUCUGCAGUACAUCUCUGCUUAGUGCCGUUGGCUUGCCUUCCUACAGUUAGCUCGACAGAGUUCGAUGAUUCAGACCCUACAGCUACAGUUGAAGUGGGCUUCCGUUAUGUCUCAGAAUGUGACAGAUGGGGCAAGGAGCGUGUUGGCACAAUGAAGCUGAUGCGUUCCAAAGAGCACAACAAGCAGUGUGACGACCUCAUGGACCAUUGCGAGCGUCUUUUUACAGCAUUUUGUGAAGCGGAGGGACGUUCAUUACCUUCUUAACGAGCCCACGAGAUAUAUCUUGUCAAAAAUUAUGUAUGAUCGAUCGA